AUGAACACUGAAGUGAUGAACACCGAAAAUCCAUCAAUGGGAGUAAAGCCUUCCAACAGUCGUCGCCCUCUUCAGCGACUCAGUGUUAAUAAUUCACCCAAGAUGACAUCAAAGAAACGGGUCAUCGACGGAAAUCCAACUAAACCCAAGCAAUUGAUGAAACCCAAACUGGAAGUUCGUUCCAAGAAGGUUUCCGUGCUCUCUGAACGCAAUGCCUUUCGUGCUACUGAGACUACUGGCCAGUCACGAAAUGGCCCUCUGGAUACUUCGAGUAAAUCAAUCUCUUCCAUCUUUGUCGAAAAGACUUUCGAUGAAGAUGUCAACGAUAACUGGACAUUGAAACGAGCAUCUCCAAUCUACGACAGUGAUGAUGAAGAUUUCAUUGUCAUGAACUGCAGCCCACCCAAGAAACAACGAACAUCAAACGUUACUCUUGACUGGGGAAACAGGCUUCCAGAUGAGAACAGCGGAUUCAACAUCAAGCUGUAA